AUGAAGCUGGCGCUCUUACGUCUGUCACAAUGGCGCUUGCUCGGCUUCCAGUGGAACUUUUGGAAUACAUCAUCCACCAUGUCGUUUCAGCCUCGUGGGACGCAUACCAUUCUUCUCGCCUCCGUGGACUCCUUCGGCUACGACUGGUCUGCCGAAUAUUGCGACGACGUGCGUAACAUCAAGGCCGCGUGUUAUGCAAUGGUCUCGCACUUUGGGCUCGAGUGGACGCGUAAGAAAUUGAUGCAAGAAAGACUCUUGAUGCUGGACGACCCACGUAUCGACGACCAAGAACCAGUCAUGAAGUCGCCUCUGGAACUGCUUGUGCUAAGCAGCUGCCUCUCGGUUGCCGCAUCUGCCGGCGAUCUGUCCGUCGUCCAAACACUGCUUCAGGCGAGCGAAGACCCUAAUGAAAAUAACAGCCUGUUUGGCUACCCGCUGUAUGCUGCUGCAUCUGCUGGACAGCCUUCCUGUGUGCAGAUGCUGCUCGAAGCCGGUGCGGAUGCCGCGAUAAGCAAGGGGCGCCUGGGCACCCCAAUGGAGGCGGCAGCAUGUUUAGGUCGCUUGGAAGUAGUGAGGACCUUGGCCCAUAACGGCGUCGAUCUUGGAUUCUCCCUGGCAGAUGCCAUAGAAAAUGACCAGAUUAGCGUCGCCGAGUUUUUGCUCUCUCUGGACAGGGUCGAUGUCAAUGCCGGCCGCGACGAAGGCAAGCUGCCCAUUUUCGUAGCCAUGACAAAAAACCACAGGCAAACGGCUGUACUACUCGCCCAAAGACCGGAACUACACCCGAACGUGAUGGAUACAAGAGGCCGAACACCGCUGCAUAAGGCUGUAUUGGAAUCCGAAUAUAGAGUUGCUCGCGUGCUGCUGUCUCGGCAAGAAGUCGAUCCGAACAUGAUAAAUUGGAAUCUGGGGACGCCGCUGCAUAUAGCCUGCACGGGAAGUUACACCAUCCUGGUAAAGGAGUUUCUUUCGCACGAUAACGUGGAUGUCAACAUGGAAGACCGGAAUGGAUAUACACCACUCUACACUGCGCUGCUUAAUGGCCGCCGCUCAAUCGUCAGCUUACUCUUGCAGCAUCCAAAGGUCGACGCCAGCAUCGGACCGAGGUCACAAUCUCCAUUGGUUCUUGCCGCGAGGGGAAACAACGUGGAGGCCAUAGGACCGCUGCUAGAGCGUCCCGAAGUGCGAGCCUCUGCAUUUUUUUACGAAUCCGUGCGCCAGUCGAUUUUCGUGGCAGUAAUUCAAGGCUAUGCACAAAUGACCAGACUUCUAUUAGGCCGGCACCCAGUCAACAUAAACGACUUUAGCUACGAAGGCUGGCAUCCUCUUCAUUAUGCCAUCAGAGCUUUCGCCCAUGGAAUGAAGCUGCUUUUAUCCAUUGAUGGGAUAGAUGUCAACUUCCUUUGCCACAAUUUGACUCCCCUUAUAUGUGCAGUUCUCACCCAGAACAUGGAAGCAGUCAAGCUUUUGCUCUCCCGAAGCGAUAUUGACAUCAACAUCAGCGGCCCAAGGGGCACAGCAUUGUCGUGUUCGCUUUUCAAGACAGACAGAGUGCCUGCGGUAGCAGAUCUUCUCCUAAGACGUGCUGAUCUAGACCCCAACGUUGCAGGUCGAAAGCAGCGUACGGCAACGAUCAGGAUAACAAAGGAGGCUAAAACUGCACCAGUUAUUGGCGCUUACUACAGUUACUUUCUACAGAGGGAGGGUGCCGUGCAGGAGAUUGGAAAACCUCCAUUGGUCAAGGCCGCCAGCCGGGGCAAAGUCGCCGUGAUGGAACGGCUACUUAGCUUAGGUACCAUCAACCCAAAUGCAGUCGACGGCGAUAGUCGCACAGCAUUGUGGUGGGCUACAAAUGCAUCCUCCCGUGCCGGAGAAAAAUGA